UGGUCUGUAAGAAGUAUUUCAGUUAUUUUCUGCUGAUUCGCUUUUAAAUGUCUCGGGCUGCUCCGGGACUGGCUGAGGGCUGUCAGGACCAGCUUGCCGGCUCAGCACUUUCUGGAACCUCACUUGCUCACCAAUGAGGAAGUUGAAAGCAACCAGGAGAAGGACAGGCACUGGGGCGGAGCUGUGGUAAAGUCCUGGGCUGGGAUGACUGGGGGCCGGCUGACUUUCCUUACGACAAAAAGCCUUUUGUCCACGGGAAUAAAUACGGAAGUCCCAGAAGAGCAGCCUCCCCAGUCCGUGUGUAGUAAGGUGCGCAGCCUCGGCUGCUUCUGGGCAUAAAAGCUGCACUGACUUUUUACAGUUGCCCUGGGUGCACCAUCGUCACGCAAACCGGAAGGAGGGCUCAGUGAGGUGACCUGAAAGAGACCAAGUGUGCUGGCUCUGCGGCUGAGGAGUCUGGCAGCCGGGUCCUGUUGCUCUCUGUCCUGUAAGUUAAGAGCCGAUGGAGUGGAUAAACUGAGAGCCGAGGAAAGCAACACAAGUCAGAACUUCCAUUGAGGGCACUGCUGUGGGACAUGGAGGACGUUGGUAACUCUUUGAAUGGCAGUGAUGUCUCGGAACCAGAAAAACCUGAAGCUGGGCUUGAAAUGGCCCAGUCGAUCCUGAGCAAGUUCUCUAUGAAAUCCCUGUUCGGGUUCACGAGUAAACUGGAAUCCGUGGCGCCUGAAGAGGAAGAUGCCGUGCUGAAAGCAUUCCGCAGCUUAGUGGUGGAUCCCACACCUCAGCCGGAUGAGCCCCGCGAUGGCUCGGAUCCGCAGGAGGCAGAGGCUCAGGUUCCACCUGACCUUGGAAAGGAUGGGAAGGCCCCAAAGGUGGAGACCGAGACCGAGUCAGAGGGAAGUCAGAGGAAAACAGAGGCAGGCAUUGCUCUCCCUGCUCGGGAGCUUGUUCCACUCACUGCGUUGAGCGCGAGCACAGACGAUGUCCUUUUGGUUCGUGGGACCCUCGUGAACACCACCAGUGAUUCCGACUCUGAUGAUGGUGGCCAGGAUCCAGAAGAGGGAGGCAACACCAAUGGCCCGAAGUCCCCUAGUGUUGUUUUAUCUACGCCAUCUGAGGAGCCCAAAGACAAGCCAGGAGAUUGUAAGGAGAAUAUUGCCACUAGGGGAGCAGAGGAUGCCGAGCUCUCUGCCGAAGGUCCUCAAGGGGCUCCACCUGAGAUAAGCAGCAAACCAGAGCCUGGCAAUGGUGGUCUUCAGACAGAGCACAGCUCCAGCCAAGGACAAGCUGGAGAGGAAGGUUCCCUAGCUCUUCCUGUGGUAACAGACCAGAACUUGAGUGGUGGUAUCACCAAGAGCACCUCUUCUAAAAAAGAAGUCCCCGGAGAGAAGUCAUUCCAGCUUCCAGCUUUUUUUAGCGGGCUUCGAGUGCUGAAGAAGGGGGCUCCAGCUGAGGGUGGGGAGACCAUCACCGAAAUUAAACCAAAGGAUGGGGACCUGGCUUUGCUCAAAUUGACCCAGCCUGUUCAGAAGUCCCUAGCACAGACAGUGCCACAGAGGGUAAAGACGGGGGAGAAGACAAGUGACCUGAAGGCCACUCCCACUCUCUUGGAGCAGCUGUCGCAGCUACUCAGCAUUGACAUGCCCAGGGCCGAACUGAAGGCAGAAGACCCUGAGCCGCCCAGGGGAGAAGACAUGGGCUGCAGCGCUGCCCAGGAGAGCCAGAGCGGCCCCGGACAAACGCAAACCCCGAGUGGGGAGGUCAAGCCAAAGUCAUCAGAAACCGCCCUGGAGGCCUUUAAAGCCUUAUUCAUCCGUCCCCCCAAAAAGGGGACCACAGCUAACACCCCUGAACUGGAAGCUCUCAAACGCAAGAUGAGGCAUGAGAAGGAGUCCCUAAGAGCGAUGUUUGAACCGUCCAAGUCAAGGCCAGUGGAUGGCCCCUCCGAUUCCAAAAGCCCUGAUCACAGCCCCACUGAGCAGGACGAUAGGACUCCUGGCAGACUCCAAGCUGUCUGGCCACCCCCAAAGACAAAGGACACAGAAGAAAAAGUGGGAUUGAAGUACACCGAAGCAGAAUAUCAAGCUGCUAUUUUACACUUGAAGAGGGAGCACAAAGAAGAAAUUGAAAACCUGCAGGUAUAUUUCUUUGAUUCUAUUGAACUGAUUAUUGCCUGUAACAGGAAGUUUCAGGAUCUUAAUUUCAAAGAAGUACAUAUUGAAUCAGACACUGAUUCUAGUUUAACGAUGUCUGAGGUGACUCCAAACCUCAAGAGAGAACAACAAAAUUUAAAAGAAACCAUUGAAAACCUCAAACACGAGAUAGAACACCGAUGGCGAGGAGGCCGUGAAGAGAUGAGAGAUGUUUGUAUCUCCACCGAUGAUGACAACCCUCCAAAGACCUACAGAAAUGUGUACAUCCAGACAGACAGAGAGACUUUCCUCAAACGCUGCGAAGGUGAAAGCAAGACAACCAGAAGUAACCAAAUAAUACCUAAAAAGCUAAAUAUCUCCUCGUUAAGCCAGCUCUCUCCCCCAAGUGACAGCAAAGACAUCCAUGCACCACUUCAGUCUUUGGAAGGCAUCUCAUCAAGUCAGCAGAAGGCAUCGCCUCCCCCUCCUGCACCACUCCUGCCAGAAGCCAUCCCUCCUCCUCCUCCUCCCCUCCCACCUGCACUUGGACCUUUGCCACCAGUCCCUCCUCCACCACCUCCGCCACCUCCUCUGCCUCCAAGUGCUGGCCCUCCCCCACCUCCUCCCCCACCACCACUUCCUAACUCACUCGCUCUGCCCAAUAGUGGGGGGCCUCCUCCUGCUCCAACACCCCCAGGACUUGUGCCCCCACCUCCUCCUGGACUCUUCUUUGGAGUCAGCCCUUCUUCUAGCCAAUGUCCUCGGAAGCCAGCCAUUGAGCCCAGUUGUCCCAUGAAGCCUCUGUACUGGACUAGAAUACAAAUAAGUGAUAAGAGCCAAAACGCUGCACCAACACUGUGGGAUUCCCUGGAAGAACCUGAUAUCCGGGAUACUAGUGAAUUUGAGUAUUUAUUCUCCAAAGACACUACUCAGCAGAAGAAAAAACCUCUGUCAGAGACGUAUGAGAAAAAAAACAAGGUCAAAAAGAUCAUCAAAUUAUUGGAUGGAAAACGAUCUCAAACUGUGGGAAUCUUGAUAUCUAGUUUGCACUUAGAAAUGAAGGAUAUCCAGCAGGCCAUUUUCAAUGUGGAUGACUCUGUGGUUGACCUGGAGACCCUGGCAGCCUUGUAUGAAAACAGAGCCCAAGAGGAUGAGUUGGUUAAAAUAAGAAAGUAUUACGAGACAUCCAAAGAAGAAGAGCUGAAGCUGCUGGAUAAACCUGAGCAGUUUUUACAUGAGUUAGCCCAGAUCCCGAAUUUUGCUGAACGUGCCCAGUGUAUCAUCUUCAGAUCUAUCUUUUCCGAGGGUAUCACCUCCUUGCAUCGAAAGGUAGAGAUCAUCACGCGAGCUUCUAAGGGCUUGCUGCACAUGAAGAGUGUGAAGGAUAUUUUAGCUCUCAUUCUGGCUUUUGGAAAUUAUAUGAAUGGAGGAAAUAGGACUCGGGGACAAGCAGAUGGAUACAGCUUAGAAAUUCUGCCCAAACUCAAGGACGUCAAAAGUCGGGAUAAUGGGAUUAAUCUGGUGGACUAUGUCGUGAAAUACUACCUGCGUUACUAUGAUCAGGAAGCAGGAACAGAAAAGAGUGUUUUCCCCCUGCCUGAACCACAAGAUUUCUUUCUGGCUUCCCAAGUCAAGUUUGAAGACCUCAUAAAAGACUUGAGAAAACUGAAGAGGCAACUAGAAGCAAGUGAGAAACAGAUGGCGGUGGUGUGCAAGGAGUCACCAAAGCAGUAUCUCCAGCCUUUUAAGGACAAGCUAGAAGAGUUCUUCCAGAAAGCCAAAAAAGAGCAUAAAAUGGAAGAAAGUCACUUGGAGAAUGCACAGAAAAGUUUUGAAACGACAGUGGGAUACUUUGGGAUGAAGCCAAAGUCUGGCGAGAAGGAGAUCACACCCAACUACGUGUUUAUGGUGUGGUACGAGUUCUGCAGUGACUUCAAGAUGAUUUGGAAACGGGAGAGUAAGAACAUUUCUAAAGAAAGAUUGAAAAUGGCUCAGGAAUCAGUCAGCAAGUUGACGGCAGAGAAGAAAGUGGAGACAAAGAAAAUCAAUCCCACAGCUAGUCUGAAAGAAAGACUGCGUCAGAAGGAAGCCAGUGUGACCACCAACUGAAGCAGACACCUGAAAAUGAUGAGUGAGACGCUUAGUACCUUGCAUGAUCCAACACCAGUGCUGCUGGAAGUUCUUGAAAGACACGUUACUAAAUGUUUGUUUUGCUCAUCGCUUCCUGAGGUCAUCUGCAGUGAGCACCCCGUGCCUUCUUAAAGAAGCUCCUUGUUAAGCUGCAGAAACAAUGAAAAGCUGCUUAAGAGAACAUUGCAGGAGUAUUUGAUAAUUGUUUCUUGUAGAGGUCGUUAGUCUGCUUUGUUAUACGACCAGAAGAAAUACCAAGAUUUUCCAAAUUGUUUUAAAAGCGGAGAAUUUCAAGCUUUCUAGUCCAAGCUUGAUACAUGUAAAUUUGUGACAGAAGAAAAAGAUCUUUUAUGACAGUUGCCUUGAAAGAGUUCAAGCCUUUACACACUGCUGGUUUGAUUAUUGAUCCUGAUUUUGAUCCUAUUGCAGCAAGAUCCUAAAGCAUCGUUCUCAACAAAAAAUGUUGAAACUUACCAAAACUAUUUUUUAAGACAUCUAAGACUAUGUAUUUCCCAGAUGAGAGAAAUGGUUAUUUCCUUGUUGUUGUUCAUGUAAUGGAAAGGAGAGAAAAUGGAAUUAUACAUGGGUGGAGAAGGGGUUAAAUGGCCAUAAACUUCAUCCUGGAGAACAAAUUAUGAUAAGGGAGUUGACGUCAGUCAUUAAGUGAGACCCAGUCUUUUUGUUUUUAUGUCAGUUCAUUAUGGUUUCCUGAACCAGCAGGGAUCCCAAACCCCUUCUCCCAGAAGAAACAGUGAUACAUGAGCAGGGACAGACUUGGGGUCAAAGCAGCUGCUUGGACAAGUGACCCAGUAACAGAGCACAUUUCACAUUUCGGAAUGUUCGUGAAAGCCAUGUUGACAUGCAGCUGAGCCCUAUGUCAUGUUCUGGGACUGUGUGUGGCUGGACCUCUCCCUCUAACCCCAGGAGGCAGUUUCCAGACAGGAGAGCAAAUGCUACUCACAGUCUUUUACCAGCAUGUGACAAAGGGUGAAGCAGGGGUCUUUGAUGUCUGAAAAAUUAAGGGCAGAAAAAAGUUCUCUGCAUCCAAAUACAAAGAAGGCGACUACGUUAAAUUAAACUUUGAGUGGAAUAUCAUGCAUAGGCAGCUUUCUCAUACCCCGGGAGCUGAUAUGGCCAUUGUCCCUUGAGUCACAAGGAAAAUGAAUCUAUCUUGUGAGGGCAGAAGAGGGGCUAGGGAUGAAUUGAGAAUGAGAUCAAAGACUAUCAUUGAGCAUUGAAGGGAGAAAGACCGAGCUUUCACCUGCAGUUGGUGGAGGACAGUCUAGAGAUGGGCAACAACCUACUAACCCUUCCCAAUCUAGCUGCGGUGUGUGGCCUGCCCCUUCCCCCCAAGACCUUCCCAGAACCUCUCAACUUGCCAGGUGCCUGAGUGUCUACGCAGGAAAUGCCUGCCAGUUAUCAGUCCUCUCAGGGACCUUGUAAUAGAUUCAGCCAAUUAAAGCAGCACCAUAUCCUAAUAUCGCAUCUAUCCCUGGAAUCUAGAAUGUAUAGUCAGGAUCAAAUCAAGUCUCCGAAGCCAUAUUCAUGCAGGUGCUAACCACCUUUUCUAACAAUUCAAAAGAAAGGGAAUAUAGUAACAUAGUUGGGUUUUGUUUGUUUGUUUGUUUUUCCAAUUCAAAAUAGAAGGAUGAGACAAGUAAAAUAGAAAAGCUGGUAAGGAACUUACAUGACUAAAAGACGUUGCUUGUGAGCAAGAAGCUUUUCAUACUGCUUUCUUAUAGGGUUUCUUCAUUUUCACUUAACUGUGAAGAAAACCUAAGGAAUUCAUCGAUUUAAAACAAAUUCCACUUGCAGCCACCCUGGGCUCUGUGACAUUCCUUCUAGUCCUAUUGUGCAAAAGAAAAGAGCCUGUUUUGCCCAUGCCUGGGGAAUCAACUUUGAAUUCAGUGAGACCAACAUAAGUGGAGAUCCUUAUGGUCCUUAUAGACGCAAUGGGAGACAGCAGCAGGUGGCUUUCUGUGGAGUCACUGUUGUACAGUUCAGGUCCUGGAGUAAGAUGCUCACAAAUAAAAUCACUGACGAUAAGCAAGACUGUCACUUUGGCCACAUAAUCCUGCAAGGAGAAGCCCUCAGGGUACCAAUGCUGAAGAAUAAUGAGUGGAUACAUUUAAUUUGAGAGCUAGACAAAAGCAGCCCAAGUUGGAUUUCAUCCUCGUGGACUGACUAAAAAUUGGCAGUUAAGUAACUAUUUCUAAAGAGUGAAAUUUGCCUGCCUCUGUUAGGGAAACCUUGUGAUUUUGUAAGAUGGUAAAAUAGUCUGUUAGCAUAUUAGACACCAGGGCAGGGUUUCCAUUAUUUUCACCCAGUUUGAAUCCUGUAUUCUGUAUUUGGAUGCCCCCUCCCAGUUCCACACAAGUACUGGAUUGUUGACACAUUCUUCGUUUCCAGUUUAGGUUGAUACUCAGUAAAGGUUCACAAGAGUUUCGAGGUGUCUAAGAUAACCUGGGGACCCUCCAUGAUUCCUCUAAAAUGCAUGUUGAGAUUGUGUUAAAUGCAACAGUCAUCUCUACAUUUUUCAUGAAAAGGAAGUAGUUAGAGUACCACUCAGCAGCUUAGGCAUAUGAGGUAAGCAUGGUUUAAGUGGGUGUUCUAAGCGCCCCCUGAAUGAGAGGGAGAGUAUUGCUACUCUGUGUUUAACCAGACAUGCACAUCUGACUUACUAGUCAGACUCUGAGAAACCUUAACUUAGAAACAGCAUCUUCUCUUCCUAACUAAGAUUCAUUCAACCUGAGGGCACAAUUGGAUAGCAGUUCAGAUUCUUGCAUGAGUAAUUGGCAUCAUCCUAGAGCACACAAGUAUGUCAUAUAUUACACCAGAGCAUGAUAUAAACAUGUUAGGUAAAAAAACAGCAGGCCUGUGAGGUAUUAAAAAUCAGGUUAGAAGAUGGUGUGCUGUAUGGCUUUUAACCCAAGAAGAGGCAACUUUUGGGGUGGAAGGGGGGUGGGAAAGUGUGGCCAAGCAGAAAUGGAUGAAUAUGCUGGUGGAGCCCCAGCAGUCAUGGGUGAUGGACCUGCUUUGCAGCAGUUGCCUUUUGAAUACUUGAGUUGACGUCUAUGAUGUCUCUUGAAAUGCUUGCUGCAACUAUCUAGGAAUUUUGGAGGAGGAAUUUCUGAAAUCUGAAGCGUAGGAUAAGGAAACCCAGUGUUGCUAUUACAUCUUAAAAUGUUGUAGCCAAAACAGGCCCCAUGGUUGAGGAAUUCAAUGUCAGAUUGGGUGCCAUGCCCCCGGUGUGGACAAUAGAAGCUGCACCUCUGCUGAGCCUCCUUAGGCACCCUCUUUGUCCAUAAGCACCAUAAGGAAAGGUGUUUCCUAAAUCAAAAGCUCAUACACUGGCUGGAGCAACUGGAGCAACUGAAGGAAGGAAUAAAACUCUUUGGUGAUAUUGGGAACCUCCACAAAGAUAGUCAUCAGUCUGGCUCUUCCAAGGACCAGGAUCGGAUGUGGCAGAAGAGGUGUAAGCGUAUUUUUGCACAUCUCCCCAUAGAUUAAACUGCCUGCAAUGGGGGAGUUUUUGCUCUAACUAUAUUCUGGCUUUCUUGACUGUUAUGUUUUCUUGUUUCUAUUUCUCCUUCUCCCUUGCCUGGUGUCAUUCAUGUGGAUCAUGGCCUGCUGCAGCUCAGCAGACAACACCUAGUCAGUGUGUGACGGGGAAUCAGCAACGCAGACCUGCAGCCUCUUACCCAGCAACCAAACUGUAACCUUGGCAGGGGAGCACCUUUAUUCCCUGACAUCCUAAACUGGUCUAUUUUGUCAUACCCUGUCCUCCCCUAAACAAACCAGUUUAGGUCUUUCUGAGUUAAAGAGAGGGAAGAAGUCCAAAAAAUAACUUUUUUUCCCCCCUAGAUAUCUGAUCCAAAUGUACGAUUUUAUGAAGUAGUUUAAGUUGUCUUUAAGAAUUGCCAGGAAGAACUCUGUUAGAUUUGAGCUUCAUUUUUCUUUGAUCCCGCCUGUUCUAAUAAGAAAAAAAGAAAGAAAAAAAACCAAGAGCUAGAAGGGAAAAUGAAAACAUCAGCCGAUUUGGUAAACCACAAAUUAGUUGAUUAGUUUCUGGAUCACAAAAAUGGACAUGUAGUGAAAUCCAGUGAGUUUAUUUUUGAAAAAGUCACAUACAAGGAGAAGUGGUAUGAUGUAGUGAAAGAAGUGCUAGACCAUUAAAAUUUCCUUAUUCUGGGCUCUCUUAAGAGCAGUUUAUAAAUGUGUGGAACACCCAGCAUACUGUACUACAUUUCAUAUAUUAGAUAGGGUACUUUUAAGAACAAUACCACUGAAGAGAGUGGAUUGAAUAAAGACACAAACUUUCAUUCAUGUCAGCUACUUUCUCAUCAUGAAGAAAUCUGCAACACGAGAAAUAGGCCAGUGUGGCCAAACUAAAUAGUAGUUGAAAAAUAUGAAUAGUUUUUAGCCUUUCCAAAAUGCAAAUAACUUGUUGGAUAUAUUUUUAUUUUCUAGCUGUAGAGAAAAAUAAUCCAACUGCUUGCAAUCUUCUCUAUUAUUAGUGCAGAAGUCACUUGAAGAAAAGCACCUUAAGAAACAGGCCUCGGCAUAUCUGGCUCCUUUAGACUCACAUACUCACAUACUAGUAUUUAUAACUCCAUUAGCAAUUGAAUCCAGGUGUAACUAGUCUCCGUUACAUAGCAAUAUGUGACUGAGAGGCCCAUUUUGUGUCAUUUCGGCACACCCAUCAAUUGUUGACACCUUGUUAAAAGCACUGAGUGUUAAUUUCACAAUUCUUCAUUUCCCCUCCCAAGUAAUGGGCAAUCUACCAAACCCUCCAGAGCAACGCAUUGCUGGGACUAGUUAAUUCAAGAAAGCUUUAACAUGUAAAACUUGAAGCCAAUUCAGUAGUCUUAUUUGUUCCCAGACUCUUAACCAAUACCGUGAUAUAAACUUAGCAUGUGGGAAAUUUGUGUAGUUGACAACUUACUUGGAAAUGUGAAGAUGUUAAUAUCGCAGCUAGUUCACUCUGUCUCUUAAGUCCCCAUGCUGUUUCUACCAACAAAGAGAUUAGGGAAGUAAACCAGACCUCAUUCAGUAGGUUGGCUGCCCCCAAAUAGACCUUACUGGAUUCACUCCCCGUCUAACCCCAGCCCCUCUCCCAACCCCACUGGUGAUAGAAAGUAACUUAGAGGACCUUUUCCUUCUCCUCCUUCCCUUCUCUGGUAUGAUGGUUCACUUCAGACAACAACUUAAAUGCACUCCAGACUUUAUUGCAUAUCACAUCUAUGAAGUACCUGUUCAUGAAUUUCUUCUCCAUUCUAUGAUCUGGAGAAGACUGACUUAAUCUCAGAUUUUUAUAUGAAAGUGGUCACGAAAGCCAUUAGUUUAUUCUUCUACAUUCCACCUACAUUCAUAUAAUUUUCUAUUUUAAAACAAAUCUCUUAAUACUAAGAAUCUCUAAACUCUUCUUUUCUAAAAUCUUAUCCGGAUACUUCUGUGGGCUAUUUUUUUUUAAUGUUUUACAUGAAAUUUAAUAGCAUUGGACUAGCAAAAUGCAAAUGACCCCAUAGUUUCCAGCAGAAAUUCAACUCCAAAGAACUUGGAAUUCUUCUCCAUAGAGUCAACAACCUUCUACCAACCUAGGCUGUUUCGUAGGAUGAGCAUUUUCCUAAAUUCUACCUGUACAGACACCAAGGGGCUCUUUGUCUUUGAAACUGAAAAUACCUUUAAAGAGAAUGAAUAUUUCUCCCCAUAUAUAAUGUGAGCUGCCAGUGUGUUAUACUUAGGACAUUAACUAAGAAAUCAAGUGUUUCAGCAUGUACUCUCAGUAGCUCAUCAGCAUCUUGGGCAAAGCUGUACCUACUUUCCUUCCUUGUUCUCUUCCAGGGCUUGCUCCCAUUCUUGUCUCAUGAAACAACUAUAUUUUUGUUUGUUCAUCUGGGUCAGCUUUCCAAAAUGAAAGUCUAGUCCUGUAGACUACUGAGCUUACAGGGGAAUUACUCUCUACCUCCCCAUACAUGGACCAUAGAUAUAUAUGUUCAGGAAGGAACAACUCUCUGGGAACUUUUGGGAUGAAUUUUGAAUUCCAGGUUUUUUCUAUGAGAUAUUUAAAAAUGAGUAUAUAGCAUACAAAAAAAAACCUAUAUUCUCAAUAAGAGACUAGAAGGUGAUUCAAAUUCUUUACAUUUUAGAUAGGUUUGAGCUAAUAUUUUCCCUUUCUUCUUGGCAGUGUGUUCCUAGCUAUAAUUUUAUUUCUUCACAUCUGACCACCAAGACAUAACAUAGAUGGUCUCAGCCCCAGAGACUGCAAUCUGCAUAGUCCUCCAAAGACAUCCAUUGUCGUUGGAAACAAAUCCAUGAAUGAUGAGGAAAGUCUAGUGACAAUUCUUCUGUGUGCCCAGGGUGACACACAUAGGAUUUUUAGGUCUACUAGAGAAAUAGGCCUAUUCCAAGUUAUUAAUUUUAUAAUUCUGUAAUUCUUCAAUUUCUCAAGACACAAAUAAUAUGACCCUAAGAGGAUAUGUAAUCUUCAAAGAAUAUAAGCAUUAAAAAGGACUUCUCUUUAAAGAAAUAAUCUAAGAUACUCCUAAAAAAUGCAGAAACUUUUAAAAUUAAAAUUCAAAUAAUUUUUAAGACUCUUUAAAGAAAACAUCAUUGUUUCAUUAUAGUCUUCCUUUCAUUGAGUUUUAAUUUAGACGAGUGCAGAAAGCAGCGUGCCCCUGGACUUGGAUUUAGGGAAUCAUGCUUUGGCCUGGAAAAUGAGGGCUGGACUACGUGCUCAGAACCUAAGUGAAAUCAGUCAACACCCUAAUAGGAAUCAGGCCUAACAAAUGUAAAUGAUCUCAAGUCCUUUAAGGUUUAAUAUUCUUAGCGACACCCUGGACACUGCUUCCUAAAAUGCGUUUGCUCCAUGCAGCUAGGUGUCUUCAUUCUGCCUUAUGAGAUCGCAAGCCAUUGGGAUGAGGGAUACAAGUAGGACACGGGAGAAGGGCAAUUUGAACAAGGCCAGGGUGCAACAUUUGGCUGAUGUAAUGCAUUGUUAGGGAGCUGGUGAUUUUUGCCAUGGUUGUGUCAUGGGUGGCCAUUCAACGGAAAUUCAAGGAAUCUGUAUUAGGCAAAAAAUGGGAGUGCCCAGUGUCUCAUAUUGGUCAGUGCCUGACAACGGGCUGAAAAAUCAGGUACCCCAAUGACACCGGCCUACGCUUGCUGAAAUAACACCAUUAAAUCUCUGACUCAUUUUCCUGGGGUUGGUUGUCAUUGCACCUUCCUGUUUACUCUAUGCCUGCCCAAAAGUCAUUUUGGCAUCUAGCACCACUUCACUUUGCUCCUUUGAAUACAUCUGCUUCGGCCUCCCCUUCUUCACACCCUGCAGCUAGGUUUUUUCUCCCUCUACUGUUACGGUUUCCCCAGGACCCACCUCUUUUUCCCCCCUCUCCCUCACAGACAGCCGAAUGCCUCCCUGAGCUCUCACUCUCUCCUCUCACACCUUAUGCUCUAUUUCCCAGCCCUUUGGACAGGGCACUGUGCUGUCACCGACGGAGACACACUGCUGUGACUGCCUCUUGUUAAUGUCAGCAUCACCUCAUCACUUAGGCAGAGAGGGGAAAAUCCAUAAAAGAGAUGGAAAAUGCAUUUCUUUUUCAUUUUAUUCUACUUUAUUUUAAGAAGGUUGAGGGCAGGGUUGUUCUCGUCCUUCUUGAUUUCUCAUAGAUUUUACUUUAAAACUGUCUAACUGGGGCCAUUCUUUUGAUAAAUUAUAGAUCAGUGCAGGUCACCCAUUAUGAUGCAUAAGACUAAAUUUUUAAAGCUCAUAGUAACUUUUCUAUGCUGCUGGACAAAUUGACUAAAUUCUGUGCAAAUAUUUUGAGUCAUAGGCUUUUUAUUGCCACCUCAGUCUUACUACUACUCAUGAUUCAAACAUCUACAUGAACCUGGAUCAGAAUGUUGACAAUUUGUGGUCGUUUUCAGAUCAACAGUAACUGUUAGACUCUUGAAAGCACGAAAAGAAAGUAUAAGCAUGUCCCAAAUAAUCAACAAUUUGAUGUGCAAAAGCACUGGAUUUUCUGUUCAAGUAUAUUAGAUCAAUCUAUAGGUGUAAACUUCUUAAAGGAUUUUAAGCAAUAAUGAAGGCAGUUUGAGAAAUGAGAAGGCACUUUAAAGACAUGAAACCUUACCUUACAUGGAUAUUUUUUUAAUGUAAUAAGCUAAUUGGAUUCAGGUAUUUUUUUCCCUUUAAAUUUUUAAAAAUAUGUAUUUCUAAUUUGUUUGCAUAUUUAAUUCUUUCAAAGCUGGAAAUGCUCAUUGUUUGAAUUUGUAAAUGUUAUUUGCAACCAAAUGAAGUAUUUAUUUUUAAAAAGAAAAGGUGAAGGAACCAAUAUUGAUUUGUACAUAGUGAAAAUAUGUGUGUGUGUGCCUGUGUGUGUGUGUGUGUGUGUGUGUGUGUGUGUGUGUGUGUAUUUUUUUCCUCCUUGACACUACUUGGUCACCACAUCAAGUGUAUUUUUGUACAUAAUAUAUAUUGGUUAGAAAUUGUAGAUUGUCUAUUCAAAGAAUUCUAUCUCUGUGAUAGAUUAUAUUUAUCCUAAUCUGUCGAUACCUCUGUUAAUUUGUUUCAAGAGAUAGAACUCUAUUUUUUUGGAAUUUGCAGAGAAUUGCAUUCAUGGCUUCCAAUUGUAAGUAUGCUAUGGGUAUUUUAAUAAAUCUUGGUUUCAUGUC